AUGAACCCAAGCGGUCAAGGAGAGUUGCCAGCCGGCGCCUCGGCCAUUCAAGAGAACAUCGAGGAAAAGCAGAGAGCAGAGCUAGGUAUUGUGACUGACCGGGAGAAGGACGUGAAGCCGCCUGAGAACGAUCCAUCAACGCCAACACAUACCUCUCCUGGGUCCCCCACGUCUCUCGACUCGCCAGCUUCUUCCACCUCCAAUGCAGAAACACCUCCAGACCUCAAGAAGUAUGAUUCCAAGAUUGUUCAAGUACGAGACGUGCCUGAGGGAGACGCUGCUCUUGCGCACUUGCCGGAGGAUGAGCAAGAGGUAUUGAGGAAACAAUUAGCGACGCCCCCUGUUCAGGUAACGUACAAGAGUCUGUAUCGAUAUGCCACUACAUGGGACAUUGUCUUUAUUGUUAUCGCUGCGCUCGGCGCCAUCGGGGGCGGAGCCGUCAUGCCACUGAUGACCGUUAUUUUCGGAAACCUCAGCGGUUCCUUUCAGGGACUUGUCCUGGGCAACCUUGAAGAAGAUUUCGACUCUAUACUCGUCCGCUAUGUGCUAUACUUUAUCUACCUUGCCAUUGGGGAAUUCUGUCUCAUUUACGUCUCCACCGUUUUAUUCAUCUAUACUGGCGAGCACAUCACGGCCAAGGUCCGCGAACAGUACCUCAGGGCAAUCCUUCGACAGAAUAUCGGCUUCUUCGAUAAAAUCGGGGCCGGAGAGGUGACAACGCGCAUCACUGCCGACACCAAUCUUGUCCAAGAGGCUAUCAGCGAGAAGGUUGGCUUGACACUCACAGGCGUCGCCGCUUUCUUUGCCGCGUUUGUCAUUGGCUUCGUUAAAUUCUGGAAACUUACCUUGAUAUGUAUGUCUUCGGUGGUUACCAUUGUGGUCGUCAUGGGCACCGGUGGUCGCUUCAUGGCUGGCUGGAACAAGAAAUCUCUCGAAUCCUACGCCGUUGGUGGAUCCGUCGCCGAAGAAGUGCUGGCUUCCAUCCGCAACGCCGCUUCAUUCAAUACUCAGGAUAAGCUGGCCAAAAGAUACGAUGUUUAUCUGCAGGAUGCCCGACGCUGGGGAGUUCGCAGCAAGAGCGCUCUAGCCUGUAUGAUUGGAUCUCUGCUCUGCAUUAUCUUCUUGAAUUAUGGCCUGGCCUUCUGGAUGGGUUCACGAUUUCUCGUGUCUGGUGAAACCACCCUUGCCCAUAUCCUUACGAUCAUUCUGGCCGUUAUGAUUGGUGCGUUCUCAUUCGGCAAUGUAGGGCCAAAUAUUCAACACUUUGCCGCCGGCGUGGCGGCUGCUGCAAAGAUAUACGGCACUAUCGACAGAGCCUCCCCCAUAGACCCAUUGUCGGACGAUGGUGAAAAGCUAGAAAAGGUUGAGGGCACCGUCGAGCUUCGAAACAUCAAACACAUCUACCCAUCUCGUGCUGAAGUGGUGGUCAUGGAUGAUGUGAACCUCGUCAUCCCGGCGGGCAAGGUCACUGCUUUAGUGGGCGCUUCCGGAAGUGGAAAAUCCACAAUUGUUGGCCUGGUCGAACGGUUUUACGACCCUGUAGGUGGCAAGGUUUUCCUUGAUGGACACGAUAUCAGUACAUUGAAUUUGCACUGGCUUCGUCAGCAAAUUGCUCUGGUGCAGCAAGAACCAAUCCUGUUCAGCCAAACCAUCCGAGAAAACAUCAGAAAUGGCCUUAUCGGAUCACCUUACGAGAAUGAGCCUGAGGAGCAACAAACACAGCGUAUCCUCGAGGCUUCUCGGAAAGCAAAUGCUCACGAUUUCAUCUCCUCGCUCCCAGACGGAUAUGAGACUCAUGUCGGCGAGCGGGGGUUCUUGCUGUCCGGUGGUCAGAAGCAACGUGUCGCAAUCGCAAGAGCCAUUGUCAGCGAUCCAAAAAUUCUUCUUCUGGAUGAGGCAACGUCGGCCCUGGACACUAAAUCCGAAGGAGUAGUGCAACAAGCCUUGGAAGAAGCAGCCAAAGGCCGUACCACGAUCGUAAUUGCGCAUCGCUUGUCGACCAUCAAAACUGCAGACAAUAUUGUCGUAAUGCAGGCUGGACGCAUCAUUGAGCAAGGCACCCAUGAUCAGCUGCUGGAACUGAAAAAGGCCUACUAUAACCUAGUCUCUGCCCAGCGCAUUGGAGGAGACGAUGAAGAUCAAUCCGAGAACGAAAAAGGAACAGAUAUGAGUGACGACGAGCUGCUUCGUGUUCAAACUUCGAGGUCUGGUGGAGACCCGAUGAUUGAUCCUGAAGACGAGAAGCUUGCACUCGGAAGGACAAGAAGCCAGAAGUCGAUUUCCUCAAAGCUACUCGCAGACAGAUCGUCUGGAGGUGAGCCGGUCUACUCGCUCUGGACGAUCAUAAAAUUCAUCGGGGGCUUCAAUGCUUCGGAGUGGCUGAUCAUGUGCGUUGGUUUUGUCUUCACCAUAAUUGCUGGAGCUGCACAGCCUGUCCAGGGUAUUUUCUUUGCCAAGUCAAUUGUCUCCUUGUCCCACCCAUUGACCGAGCGUCAUCAAAUCCGCUCGGAUAUCAAUUUUUGGUCCUUGAUGUACUUGAUGUUGGCUUUCGUUGACCUCCUGGCGAUGGUCAUUCAAGGCAUUGCCUUCGCAUAUUGCAGCGAAAGCUUGAUCCAGCGAGCAAGAGACGGUGCUUUCCGCAGAUUCCUCCGCCAAGACAUUGCAUUCUUUGACGAGGAUCAGAAUUCGACGGGUGCUUUGACGUCGUUCCUUUCGACUGAAACGACGCAUAUCUCGUCAAUCUCGGGAGCGACAUUAGGCACUCUGCUCAGCUGCACUACAACCCUGGUCGUUGCUAUAGCCAUUUCUCUGGCCAUUGGAUGGAAGCUAGCGCUUGUCUGUAUGACUGCUCUUCCCGUUAUCCUUGGGACAGGCUUCUUCCGGUUCUGGACCCUGGCCAAAUUCAGCGCAACCGCUCAGAAGGCUUAUGAGAAAUCCGCGGGAUAUGCUUGUGAACACACCAAUGCCAUUCGCACGGUGGCUUCAUUGACUACGGAACGCGAGGUCUACCACGAGUACAAGAAACAGCUUCGACUUCAGCUUCGUGCAUCCCUCAAGUCGAAUCUACGGAACUCAUCUCUGUAUGCAGCCUCCCAGUCAGCAAUGUUCCUUGCGUUCGCCUUGGGUUUCUGGUACGGAGGAAAACUGCUGGUUCGGGGUGAAUAUUCGUUGUUUCAAUUCUUCAUUGUCUUCUCCGAAAUCAUCUUCGGUGCUCAGUCAGCCGGCACUGUCUUUUCGUUCGCGGGAGACAUGUCAAAAGCCAAGAAUGCCGCUGCGGCUCUCAAGAAACUGUACGAUCGCCAGCCAAGCAUUGAUCCGUGGUCCCCAGAUGGCGAGAGGAUUGCGGACGUCGAGGGCACGGUUGAAUUUAGAGAUGUACACUUCCGAUAUCCCACGAGACCUGAUGUACCCGUCCUUCGUGGUCUUAACUUGACUGUGAAACCUGGACAGUACAUUGCCCUUGUUGGACCUUCUGGUUGUGGCAAGUCCACUACGAUCGCGCUCAUGGAGCGGUUUUACGACCCCCUAUCAGGUGGAGUGUACGUCGAUGGAAAGGAGAUUUCGUCGCUUAACCUUACCGACUACCGAUCGCAUCUGGCUUUGGUGUCACAAGAGCCUACCCUAUACCAAGGAACGAUCAAAGAGAACAUUUUGCUGGGCGCAGACAGAGGCGAAGUCAGUGAUGAGGUAAUCAUCCAGGCUUGUAAAGACGCCAACAUCUAUGACUUUAUCAUGUCUUUGCCCGAUGGCUUUGCCACAGAUGUUGGCAGCAAGGCUGCUCUUCUCUCGGGUGGCCAGAAGCAGCGAAUUGCGAUUGCCCGAGCUCUGAUGCGUGAUCCGAAGAUCCUCCUCCUGGAUGAGGCGACGUCGGCCCUUGAUUCUGAAUCGGAGAAAGUCGUACAGGCCGCCCUCGAUGCGGCCGCAAAGGGAAGAACAACGAUUGCUGUGGCUCACAGACUUAGCACCAUUCAAAAAGCCGACAUUAUUUACGUGUUUGAUAAAGGCGUUGUUGCAGAAAAAGGAACACACCAUGAGCUUAUGGCACUGAAGGGCAGGUAUCGAGAAUUGGUCAGCCUUCAAAGCCUGGAGAAACAGCGGUGA